AUGUCAUAUGAUCAUAAAAUUGUAAUUAAAUAUUUUAUCCUGCCAUGGGUCAAAUUCUUAAUGGAAACUUUACCCUCAAACAAGUCCAAAAGAACUUCAGAAAAAACUAAAGGCUCAAAAAAAAGAUCCCACAAAAAGCGCAAAAAAUCUGAUAGAAAAAAUAAGAAUCAGGAAAAGGAAAGAUCGAGAAAAAGGCAGCGACAAGAACGUAAAGAGAGGGAUACAGAAAGUACCAGCAGUGAUUCUUGCUCGAACACAGACGAAGAGAGCGAAGCCAUAUGGGUGGAGAAGAAAGUAGAGUUAUCUCACGAGGUGGAGAAUUACGAGCAAAAAAUACCGUCCGGCUCACCGUCAGAUGAUGGCAUACCUUACCGCACACAACUAAUACCAUCAGUGGCUCCACGAUUAGCCUCCAAUCCGACCUUAUCAGCAGAUGAACUGAACAGACUAAAAGCCAAAGCUUUGCGCGCCAAACUCACGAAUUCGCCAAACGCCGAAGAAUUAGAAAAGAAAUACGAAAUGGAAAAAAAGCGAGCUGAGGGAAAUAAUAAAGUGGAAAUUGUACCGAUAGUCGACAGUAGGGGAAGGUUAUACGAUACAACUAAUCCUUCUGCAUCGUCUUCAUCGCUUCAACACGCUGGUUCGCCGCGGCAAAAACGAAAAGAAAAGAUUGAUACACAUGAUGAAACUGGGAAUCGAAUUCACUACUUCAAAGACGAUGACAAGCUUCAGCUUCAACAUCUCGUUAUGCAAGAACGUCUGGGAACGGGAAAAUCAAUGGACGCGCAGAUGGCUGGGAGGAUCAUGGGUGAUAAAAAGUUUGAGGAUGAUUUGGAUUAUUUGGAUGAACAUGCAGAUAAGAUGGCAAGAGGAAAGGAACAGACUAUCGAGCAAAAGCGACAGUUUGCUAUUCAAGACUUCAAAAAAUCUCAGGAUUUCAUCAAUUCUUGUCCUUAUUGUUUUGGCCAAGACAAAUCGCCUGUUGCACCUAUGGUGUCUCUCGGAACAAAGACGUAUUUGGCCCUCAGCACUGUAACCGAAAUGACUUCUGGCCAUUGUCUUAUUGUACCGAUUCAGCACUGUUUAACAACUUUGGAACUUGACGAUGAUACUUGGGAUGAGAUUAGAAACUUUAUGAAAUGUCUGAUACAAAUGUUUCACUCAGAAGACCGUGGCGUACUGUUUUUCGAAACCGUAAUAUCUUUCAAAUAUCAAAAACACGCCAUAAUUGAAUGCAUUCCACUUCCUUGGAAUCUGUCUCAAGACGCUCCGGCAUUCUUCCGAGAAGCAAUAUUGUCUACUGCCGGUGAGUGGACGCAGAACAAAAAGAUAAUCGAUACGGCGAAAGGCUUUCGAAAUAAAAUGGUGAAGGAUUUGCCGUAUUUUCAUGUGUGGUUUAAUGUUGAUGGGGGAAUGGGUCACGUUAUUGAGAACGCGAAGAAAUUUCCGGAAUGGUUUGGCAAGGAAAUCGUCGCAGGAAUGUGCGAUCUUCCGCCGGAUCGCUGGCGCAAGCCCAAGAAACUGAAUCCUCGCGAUAAACAUAAACGCGUACAAGAAUUUGUGAAGAAAUGGAAAAAGUGGGAUUGGACGCAAAUGCUAGAAGGCGGUGAAUAUUAG